AUGGAAGGUGAAAAUAGUUAUUAUUAUUUCUGUUUAAACUCUGUAACAAUGAUGAUGAUCAUUACUGCUUUAAUCAAUAUUGUUAUAUAUAUAUCUUAUUAUUUAUAUCAAUGUUUGAGUUCAGCUUCAGCUAAUAUAAAUAUUGAUCAAGCGUGGAAUGUUAACAAUGUUUAUGAUGCAAAAUUAAUAAAACAAAAUCGAACGAAGAUUUCGAAAAAAAAAUGGUUUCAUAUUCCUCGUUUAUUGAAAGAAUUAAUACCUUCAUUUUUCUUUCCAAGUGAAAUAAUUGCAAUAUUUAUAAUGAAAUUUGGUGGAUAUGUUAAAAAAGUACCGAAAUCUUCACUUGAUCAAUUGGCACAGACACUUAACGAUUUAGAUUUUUGUUAUGCAACAUUAAAUAAAGUUAGCCGUUCGUUUUCACUUGUCAUUGAACAGCUUCCUCAAUCAUUAAAAGAUUCCGUGUGUAUAUUUUAUCUUGUUCUUCGUGGUCUUGAUAGUGUUGAAGAUGACAUGACAUAUCCUCAAGAUAAAAAGAUUUUCUUAUUACACAAUUUUUAUAAUAAUUUGUUAAUUGAUAAUUGGUCUAUAAAGGACGUCGGUGAUACAGAAGACUAUCGAACAUUAUUGGAGAAUUUUAAUAAAGUCAUUAACGUAUUUAAAUCAUUGAAUGCAAAAGAUCAAUCUAUUAUAUUGGAUAUAACAUGUCAAAUGGGAAAUGGAAUGAGUGAAUAUGUCGGUAAGACUGGUUCAAUUGAAACAUUAGACAGUUAUAAUUUAUACUGUCAUUAUGUUGCUGGACUUGUUGGUCAUGGAUUAUCUUCUCUCUUUGCUCAUAGCGGAUUAGAAGAGCCUGAUCUCCAUGUUCAUGAACAUCUCAGUAAUAGUAUGGGACUGUUUUUACAGAAAACGAAUAUUAUUCGAGAUUAUUUCGAAGAUCUUCAAGCUGGUAGAACUUGGUGGCCUAAAGAAAUCUGGCAAAAUUAUGCAACUAAUCUUGAUGAAUUUAUCAAGACUCCUUAUGAAGAACAAAGUCUUGAAUGUUUAAAUCAUAUGGUUAUGGAUUCACUUAAUCAUGUGCCUGAUGUGAUCAACUAUCUUAGUCGCCUUAAACAUCGUAAAGUAUUAGAAUUUUGUGCAAUUCCACAAGUGAUGGCAAUGGCUACUCUUGUUGAGCUAUACAAUAACCCUUUAGUAUUUAGAUCAAUUGUAAAAAUACACAAAGGACUCACUUCAAAGAAUAUUGUUGAAAGUUUCACUACAACAGCUAACCAUUUCACAGUUGAAGAAGAAAAUGAUGAAUUUAAAUGGAAUGAUUCAAUUAGUACUUUGUACAAUAAUACAAAUGGAACAGGUAGUUCCAUUAUCACAAAUUAUGAUCCAUAUUUACACGGUGAAUAUUUACAAGAUGUAAAUAAUAGUGCAUUUUUUACGUCAAAAACAAUUGUUCAAGAACAAGAAUUAACAUCCAGCAAUAGUUCAAAUUAUUUGAAUAGGGAUAACAGUAAAACAUUUGAAAGUUUUACAAUUCAAACUGAAGAUCAUAUGAACAAUUGGUUCAAUCAAAGCAAUGCAUUUAUUGGUUAUGGUAUGAAAUUAUAA